GCCAGGAAGGAGGAGGAGGAAGUGGUCAGCAGCACCCGGGGUCCCAGAUUGCCCACGGUGAUGUUGGCCAGGCGGGUGCUUGGGACCUCACGCAGGGCGGCUCUAGGAUCGGUGGAGGCUGCGCUUGGCGGUUUGAAGUCAAUAUGGGGAAGCAGCCAACAUUUUUGCUCUGUUCUUUCUAAGGGUGUCACAUAUAGGGAACUAAAAAACCUGUUGAGCUCCAAAAACAUUAUGUUAAUUGAUGUUAGAGAUACGUGGGAAGUUCUUGAGCAUGGAAAAAUACCUGGAUCAAUCAACAUACCAUUGGAUGAGGUGGGGGAAGCUCUACAGAUGAACUCAAGGGAUUUCAAAAAGAAGUACAAUGAAGUGAAGCCAUCCAAAUCCGACAGUCUAGUGUUUUCUUGUUUUGCUGGAGUGAGAAGUAAGAAGGCUAUGGACACAGCAAUAUCGCUGGGCUUUAACAGUGUUCAACACUAUGCUGGAGGAUGGAAAGAAUGGGUAACCUAUGAAAUUUCCGAGAAGAAACAAGAAAAUUGAGCUCUGGAAUAAGAGACUCUGUCCUGUGUUCAUACAUCCAAGGACAGUGGAGGAAGCAAAAGAAAUCUCCAGUCUUGGCACCAAAGGAUACGCUCGGCAGCUGUUUUCCUCCUCUGUGAACCGAAGACACUGCUCCCCUGAACACUUUCAGAGUCUACUGAGAACUGAGAUAAUAUGAAUUGCCAUUGACAUAUACAGAUUCUACAGUUAAUUUUUAAGUACUUGGUAUUCCAAAGGAUCAGGUAGCUUGUGUUACCUAAUCAUGUGCAGUCAUGCUAUAAGCAUGCGUGUUAACAAGCAGUCCUGAUGUUAAGCAAUAACUAAGCAUUGGUUUUAGGCCCAUACUUGUAGUUCCAAUACUCAGUAGAUUGAGAUAGGCAGAUUGUUGUAAAUUUGAGGCCAGGCUAUAAAUUUGAUAUUCUGGCCGGGUGAUGGUGGCGCACGCCUUUAAUCCCAGCACUCGGGGGGCAGAGGCAGGCAGAUCUCUGUGAGUUCGAGACCAGCCUGGUCUACAGAGCUAGUUCCAGGACAGGCUCCAAAGCCACAGAGAAACCCUGUCUCGAAAAACCAAAAAAAAAAAAAAAUUUGAUAUUCUGUUACAAAAGAAAAGGAAAGAAAAGGAUCUGGGGUCCAGAGAAGUAAACUCUGAACAAGAAAACACAUUCACAGCGUCUGAAGACUCAGGACAACAUGUGGCCAGAAUCGAAACAAUGUAACUAAUUUUAAAACUUAAGAUCAAUGUGAGGAUAAAAGUUGCAUGGGUUAUGACUGUGGAAGGCAAACGAACCUGGAAGAGGUCAGGAAAUUUUGUAGGCUAGUAGAGAUUGUCAUGGUAUGACUAAAUUGUCAGGAGUAUGCAUGUCAAACCCCAUCAAAACAAACACAAAGACAUGGUAUUACAAGAAACAUACCUCAAUUUGAAAACUGACUAAAAACAAGUAUUUAUACCAUUUUGACUCCUUCUAGCGUGCAUGUAUGUCUUUAGAAUGUUAAAUUAUAGGCUUGCCGGGCGCACGCCUUUAAUCCCAGUACUUGGGAGGCAGAGGUAGGCGGAUCUCUGUGAGUUCGAGACCAGCCUGGUCUACAAGAGCUAGUUCCAGGACAGGCUCCAAAACCACAGAGAAACCUUGUCUCAAAAAAACAAAAAAACAAAAAAAAAAAAGAAAAAGAAAAAGAAAUAAAUAAAUUAUAGGCUUGUUAGUGUGCUGGCAUAAUAGUAACAAAGUAAACCUGUGUUUUCCUUUUUUUAAGAUUUGUUUGUUAUGCAGAUGAAAGGUUUUCCCUCUUAAGGGACUACUUCCUACUUCUACUGAUACAACACACUCAGGAGGUGGAGGCAGGCGGAUCUCUGUGAGUUCGAGACCAGCCUGGUCUACAAGAGCUAGUUCCAGGACAGGCUCCAAAACCACAGAGAAACCCUGUCUCGAAAAACC